AUGCCUAUGUGUUCAAUGAACAUGCUCUGGAAUACACAAAUCGAGGACACCUGCAUCGUAUUCCCCGAAUGGCACAUCUACACCAAGGGCCAGUUUGUCCUGUCGUUCAUAGCCAUAGUCGCGCUGGGCGUGCUCUACGAAUGGUUACGCGAGUUCCAGAAGACGCUCGACCGCAGGAUAGCGCUGUCGUUGGCGCAGCAGAGUAAAGGGAAGGGAAGGAGUAGUGGCAGGAACACGCCGGACGGGGAGCUGGAGGAGACGGGCCUGCUGUCUGGCAGGCGGUUGCUGAAGAAAGCGGGGACUCCUGUACCUGCCAUCCCAAGAGUCCUCCGUGCUGCUACAUAUGGCUUGACUGUCUUCCUCUCGUUCUUCCUCAUGUUGGUAUUCAUGACUUACAACGCUUACUUGAUUGUUGCUGUUGUGCUUGGAGCAGCG